AUGGUCAAGCUCGGCGACGCCUGGAUGCUGUCCAGGGUCUACCACACCACGUACACAAUCAUCCUCGACGAGACCCUGCGGCCCGGGAUGCAGUACCACGCCCACGAGUCCAACGUCCACUGCGCCCAUCCCUACCAUGGUCCCUGCGAAGGUAGAUCCGGUCUGGUCUACCAGCUGGCCGAGGGUCAGUGUCCGGCCUGCCUCGGUGACCAGGGGCUGCCGCGGAGGAUCAUUGCCCGCCAGGAGAUGAUGGACGACGUGAUGCGCAUGGUGACCGGCGAGCCCCUCAGGCCCUCGCCCGAAGUGCUCGGAUACGUCGCGCAGCUCGCCAUCCUGGCCAAGCACAUGGUCGCCCGCAAGAUCCCCAACGUGAUCAUCGGGGCCGCCAUGAUCGACCAGGUCGUCGCGGAGGUGCGCGCCGAGCUCUUUUGCCGCCAGUCCGACAACCACUGGACGCGGGGCUACGGCGUCUCGAGCUGCAAAUGCUUCGUCGAGGAACGGGGCUUCUGCGCCAACCUCGGCCGCUACCUCCGGCAGAACGAGGCCGUGAGGAUCAUCACCGCCCACGAGGACAUCGUGAUCCCGUACAUCAACAUGCCGGACGCUGAUGACGACAGCGACGACUGGGAGCUGACACAAGCGCGCGAGCGGAUCAUCGAGUGGUUCCGCGAUCGGAGGACCGCCCGGCUCGACAGGGUCGCCAUAUGUCGCUUCGAGACCGGGCCCCGGGAGGACCAGCGGUAUCAAGACUGCAUCCAGCGGCUCGAUGCCGCCGUCAUCAAGUACGUCAACCUCAUCCGCUCCGAGGAGCCGCCUCCGCCACCCGCGCCCGACGACCGCGCCGCGGAACGCAACCUCCGCGCGCGCGCCGUGUUCCUCCGGAAGCCCCUCGAGUGGAUCGCCUACGACACGGGCCUCGCCGACAUCCUGGUCAAGGAGAUCUCCGACAUCGUCAUCCACUGGUACCUCCGCGUCGGCACGCCCGCGAGCCAGCCCGUCGACAACGCCGCGUGGUCGGCACCGCUCGAGCUCCGGCGGGACAUGGACGGCAUGCGCAAGGAGAUGCAGGCGACCGUGGAGCACCUCGAGGCUCACAUCUCCCCAAACACCCGCGCGGGCUGGCGCCUCUUCGUCCGCAGCUUCCAGAGGACGCCCCUGCGCGAGGAGGACGAGGUCGCCACCUUCCGCCGCGCGCGCGCCGAGCUCACGGCCGCCGCCGAGGCCCGCCUCUCGCUCGCCCAGGUCGCCGCCGACGAGAACAUCAUCACCCUUGCCGCCUCCCGCGCCAUCCGCCCAGACGACGCCGACGGCCGCUCCUGCCCGCUCUGCGGCGAGCCCUUUGACGACGACGACGUCCGCCCCGUCGUAGUCUGCGCCCGUAGCCACCUCGUGUGCCGCUCGUGCACCAUCAUCCUCGUCGUCACCGCCGACGCGGCCCUCCUCGAGCCCGACCCCCAGAGGCGCUCCCGGUGUCCCAUGUGCAGGGCUUCGCUGCUCAAGUUCUACAGGGCCAACGCCAACCCGGCCGACGAGCUGCGGUCGCCCCCGAGACCGGAGGCGCCUCCCGUGGAAUGGGUCUGA